AACGCCACCUCGUGGUAAGAUCUAGACGUGGACAACUUCACUCAAAACACGUUUCUUUUAAAUUUUUCUUCAUCUGCAGAAAACAGUUGAUGCAGUAAAUAAAAACGAUAUUUUGACGUUACAUUCGCAUAAGGGUAAUGCAAAUGCGAAAUGUGCAGACUUUUUGUAAAUGUCAUGAAGCAUUGAACACGUUUUUCUGCUCUUCAGGUGUGACUUCGUGCAGUGCUGCGCAGAACGAUAUGCGAAUGACAUUGAAGUACCGCGAGAGUAUUCGCAAGCUGUGCUCUCGCGCUAUUUUAAUGUCACAUAUGUGGCGGUUUGCGCAGCGCCGCAUAAGGUCCAACAUACCUCUGGACUACAAGUUCCUGCAUGGCGUUCACCUUAGCUUUGUUUUUCUUUUACCUAUAAAUAUGAUGACAUAUAUGCAUUGACAUGUUAAUACCCGUGCGUUUGCUGCAUAUAUAACGUUUGUUUUUUGAUAACCCUUACUGAAUGAUUUAUCGAUCUAUUUUGACGACCCUCUCUCCCCAGUUCUCGAGCCCGUGCUUCAGCAAUGAUCAUGAGCCGUUCAUUUACCUCAGAGAUAGCCGUUUGUUUGUUUUUUGCAUUUUGCACUGAAUCCUUGCUGAAUGAUUUAUAGACCUAUUUUGACAAACCCCCUCACUCCGAGUCCCACAGUUCUCGAGCUUUAUCUAAGCUCCGCCCACCGAAUCCUGUUAAAUCCUGAGCCGUUGCGUUCAUUUACCUCAGAUUUCGCCGUUUGUUUUGCAUGGUGCGGGAUUGCUCUGCAUUUGACCAUGAGUCCACGUAAAAAGGCUAAAGUCGACCCAAAAAAUGCUGAAUCAAAGGAGACCGUAAACGAUGAAGAACAUGAGGAAGAGUCGAAUGAAUCUGAGGAGGAUUCAUCUGUGGAGGGGAGCGUGGACUCUUCAGGAGAAGAGCUGCUGCUAGAUGAUAUUUCAUAUGAGGAUUCGACAUCUGAUGAGGACUGGGAGGUUACUCCCAGAAAGAGGAAGAGACCCAAUCUGUCCUCCGUAUCGCCAUCGCCAGCAAAAUCUAACAGAUCCGCUUCACCUGGUUCUGCAAAGAAGGGCAAAGGGAAACCCAAAGACAAGAAAAACACAGCCAAACGAUCGUUAUCGUUUUCCUUAGGCAUCUCGGAUGAUAAGUGGCAUACAGCGGAUGAACCUGAUAUUGAGCCAACUCCCCCAUGCUUCAGACCCUUGCGAAAUCCUGGCCCACAGCUGCUCUCCGGUGCAUCAUACAGUCCUUUACAAUUUUUUCAAUUGUUUUUUUCAUCAUCAACAAUGUUGAAAAUUAUAGCCAACUCUAAUGCCUAUGGGGCCAGUGUUCGUGCUGAACGGAACCAAUCAUGGAAGGACAUUUCGGUGAAAGAUUUCAAGUGUUUCCUGUCGCUGGUCAUUUACAUGGGUUUGAUAAAGUGCUUCAGCAUCACAGAUUACUGGAAAAAGGCCGAUGUCUACAGUCUGCCGUAUCCACUACGAGUCAUGUCUUCUAAGAAAUUUCUGACCAUAUCUGGCGCUCUUCAUCUUAGUGAUCCCAAAGAAGAUGCAGAGAAUGACAAAAAGAAGGGAACGCCUGAAUAUGACCGUUUGUUUAGGAUCAAACCGCUUUAUGAGAACAUCAGAGAAGCCUGCAAAACAUAUCUUCAUCCAUUUCAAAACAUCUCCAUCGAUGAGAGAAUGGUAGCAUCUAAGGCUAGAAAUGGACUCAAACAGUACAUGAAGAACAAACCUACGAAAUGGGGUUACAAAUUAUUCGUACUGGCUGAUUCUCUGUCGGGUUACACGUGGGACUUCUUCAUUUAUGAGGGUAAAACGACCCACAAAGUUUCAGACCCAAAGCAAAGAAAGGGGGUUGGCUAUGAGACUGUCAUGGCACUGGUGAAUGAAAAAGUGUUGGGCAAUGGAUACAAGCUGUUUGUUGACAACUUUUACACGAGCCCCGCACUCUUCAGGGAUCUUCUCAGUAAGAAGAUUUUUGCUUGCGGGACCCUUCGAGCAAACAGGAUCGGGCGCCUAAAAGCCACAGCCCCUCGUGGCAGUAUACGCUGGUUCAGGGACGACAAACUCCUGUUCGUCGAAUGGAAGGACAGGAGAAAUGUUUUGAUGUGCUCCAGCUUUCAUAAAGCAUUCAAUGGAGAUAAAGUGACGAGGAAGGUGAAGGGAGAUGAUGGAGUUUGGAACGAGGAGCAAUUCCCAAUUCCACCUGCAGUGUUGGACUACAAUAAGUACAUGGGUGGUGUCGAUCUGUCUGACGCGCUUAUUGGAUAUUACACAGUCCUACAUAAAACGAGAAAGUGGUAUCGGUCGUUUUUUUUCCACUUCGUGGACAUCGCUGUUGUAAAUGCUUUCAUUUUACAUAAGCACGUAGCCAAAUCGAAGAACCAGAAACCAAUGACCCAGAAGGAGUUUCGGGAGGCUCUCGUCUCAGAGCUGGCAGGAACGGAGCCUCUACCUCUCCCUUCACAAGUACGUAAGGACGCUCCUAAAAAUUUACACCUGCCCAAGUACAUCUCUGGAGACAGCACAGUUGGAAGGCGCAGUUGCAGAGUUUGUCACUCCAAAACUCCAGUUAAAUGUGUCUCUUGUGAUGCCAGUUUGUGUUUGGUUUCCACGCGCAAUUGUUUCACUAUCUGGCAUAAAGAAGGUUAUGUUAAAGAGGAAAACAAAAAAGUAACAUUAAAAGAAGAAAUAAAAGAAGAAGAAGUAGAAAUAAAAGUAGAAGAAGUAGAAGUUACAUUAGAUGCGGAGCUAGAAGCCUGAAAAGAAAAGCUGUAAAUCUAAUGCAUGGUGCAUGGCAGCUGGUGCCACUGGUAUUAUGGUAGUUCAUGAUUUAUGUUGUAGCUGUAUGAAAAGUAGUUGUUUUUUACACUGUUUCAGUCGUAUACACUGAAAAGUUUACUUUAUCAUUACUGUACUACUAACGCCAAUUUCUGAAUUUUAUUUUAGAAAUGUGCCUUUUCAGAAAACCUGUAGUAUUUUUAUCUUCAGGUAUCGAUGACUGAUUUCUUUGUCUGGAUAUUUCUAGCCUUAAAUGUAUGUGAGCUUAUUUCUUUCUUUAGCCUACUACUUA